AGUUUAUAAUCGUUGUCUCACUAGGUCUCUUGUCGAUAUCGAGUACGGAAUCCGUACUCGCUGUUUUUUCUGCCUACUUGUGUGGACUGCUUGAAAUCGCCAGUUACCGAAUAGAGACAGCAAUCUGCAAUGUGGUACAUUCAGCUUCGUCGGAAAUAAUAGAAGUACAGUCAGCUGUGGACAUGCACAAACGAGCUCUUAAAACGCUCUCAGAUAUGAUAGACAAGUUGAUGAUAUCGUAUUUAAUAGCGAUUAUAGGAGUGAUCCUUUCAUUUGCUGUAAACUUAUACCGUCUUCUCCUGGCAAUCAAGAGUGCGGAUGAUUUCGAAAAUAUUUUCUUUUCUGCAAACGAUGUUCUAUUGCAUUUUGUAAUCAUGUUCUUAAAUAAUUAUAUUGGACAGAGAUUGGCAAACACUAGUAUGAAGAUUUUUGAAAAAAUAUCCAAUUCGUUAUGGUACUGUAUAUCACCAAGAUCACAAAAAGUAUUAUUAUUCAUAUUGAUGAGAAGUGUGAAGGAAGUACGGUGUAAUCUGGCUGGUUUGUACGAUCUAUGUUACGAAGGUUUCUCGAUGAUGAUGAGCUCAUCUUUUUCAUAUUUUACUGUUCUUUACUCGACCCAGUAAAACAUAUAGAAAUAUUGACUAUAACAGUAGUGAUUAUACAUUUGUUGCAAAUUAUAAAUAAGUGAUUUGGUAAGUUAAAUGUGACAAUUCCGUUUCAAAAUGCCCUCAGUACGCUACGUGCAGAUUUGAAACGGCGAUCACGAAUGCACUUCUGAAUAUCAUCAUUAAAGAAAGAUCUCCAGUCUACUUCUACCGCAACAACUACUAUUACUGUUACUACAUACGUAACAUAUAAUUAUGCUUUUUAUAUUGAGAAAAAAUGUUAAUCUAGACUAACCUUUAAUUUGUAAUACGUAUAUGCAUAUGUAUACAACAAUAACGCAUAAUGUGGCCCCCUGAAUAUAUACAAUUAAAGCACAUUGAGGAUUUGAUGUUUUGUGGUAUAUGCUACGAAUACAUGAAUACAUCUGUAAUAACAUCAUGUUCUCAUAAUUAUUGUUCGUUAUGUAUCAGAAAGUACUUACAUUAUAAAACACAAUGUCCGACUUGUUUUUCUGAGACUUUUGAGAAGGACUUACGAAAAAAUAAAACUUUGGAUGAAAUUAUAGCACAAUUUCUGCAAAUUAAAGAUAAACUAAAGAAAUGUCUAAAAAGUCCACUACAAUUUCUACCAGGCAAUAAGAGUGAUGGUAUUUUAAAUACACCGAAAUCAAUACAUGAAAAAAGACAUUCACCUUUAAUUAGGAAAACAAAUGUAACUGUUAGUAAAAACAUAAUUUCUAACAAUAUUGUGUCACCUUCUAUAAAUGUUCACAAAGAUCUAUCUAGUCCAAGUACUAGUGGUAAAAACAAAAUCCCUCUAAUGUUUACUCCUAAAAGUACAAGGCGUCCAGAUCUAAUCAGCAUAGAAGAACCUAAGGUUGUUAUAUGUCCAGUAUGUAAAGUUACUAUUUCAGAGACAAAUAUCAAUAGACAUCUUGAUGAUUGUUUAAAAAGAGAAGCAAAGAAAGAUCAAUCACAAAUUAACAUAGAUUCAAAACGUCAACCAUUGCCAAAGUUAGUAUUUAGUUUAAUGAAAGAUGCUGUGAUGCGUAAGAAGUUAAAAGAAUUUGGUUUGUCAUCUCAAGGAGAUCGCAAGACUAUGGAAGCUCGAUUGCAAAGAUAUAUUGUUCUUUAUAAUGCAGAAUGUGAUAAAUUAACUCCACGAUCAGUUUCGGAAUUAAUUAGGCAAUGUGAAGAUGAAGAAAACCUUGAAAAAAGAAUGAACAAGACUUCUUCAUUUAUAAAUAAAUUACAAAUUAACAGAAAUACAGAACAAAACAUUAUAGAUGAGGAAAGAAGAAAGUAUUUGGAAGCACAUAAAGACAGUUUUGAAUGUUUAAUUAAAAAAAUUAAGAAUACUGAGUUACAAAGAAGUACGAAUGUAAGACGUAAUUUGUUAAACGAAAGUUUCAAGGAUGAAAAAUGUGUUUCGCCAAAACCUGAAACAAUUCCUGACAGUUCAGAUGACUCAAUGAAUGAUACUGAAACAAGUGAUCUGCCAUCUGUGAAGUCCACUGUAUUUAUUCAAGAUUCCGAUUCGGAUACUACAUGUCCUUUACAAAUGUAUUCUAGCAAUGAUCCAAAGAAAUUUCUUAAUCUUGAAUUUUCUUCUUGUCAUAGCGACGUUCGAAUUAAUGAAACUGAUUCAAGUUAUAACAUGCCUGAUGGAGAAAAAGAAUUUUAUGCAACCAAACAUUCUUUCGUAGAAAUAGAAAAGGAUGACGACAAUUCAGAUGCACAUAGUGAUAUUUCUGGAUCUAAUAGAUGGAUGCAUUCUGCCACGGAUACCAUUGUUGAGGAACAUAUAUCAGGGAAUGAUUCCAAAUGUGUAUCGAAUUCUUCGAAGUACAAAAUAUCCAAAAAUAAAGAAAAGUCAUUUUCAACUAAUGAAAUGAAGAGGAUAGACUUUGUUACAACAAGCAGGAAUGAUUUGGAUCAUGUUAGUAUUUCAGAUCAAGAAGAUAGAGACUGUGAGAGGCAUGCAUCCAUCUUGCAAGACAUUUGUUGCGAUAUAUCAAGUAAUGAUAGCAAUGAGAGUAAAUUUAGCAACAAAUCCAAUGCUAUCAAUCAUGGAUUUUUCAAUAAUAGUCUGUUAAACUCAUCAAUUAUAGAGAAAGAAAAUAUAAGCUCAUCUCCUGAAUGUGGUGGAAGUUGCACGUAUCGUAAAAGGAGUCGUGAUGUGACUCAAAAUGAUAAUGGAACCAUAUCUGAUAUGAAGAAGAGAAUUAAAAAAUUCUCUCAACCGUAUCCUAGUGAGACUGAUGUAUCUAAUGAAGGAAUUAGGUUGUGCGAUAAUGAAGAAAAAUGUUUACGAACUAAACCACGAUUAAGAAAUCGAAACAUGAACACAGAAACAGUAGAAAGUACAACAAUCUUGAGAAAAUCUGUUCGAACAAAACGGAAGAACAAUAUCUAAAGAAAUAUUUUUGUAUAACAUUAGUAAGUAUAUUGUAGACAGGCUGGGUUAGGCGUUAAUUUUAUGCUGUUUUAAACAGCUAAUGUGUUAUUGCAGUGUGCUAUUCCUUGCAUGCUUGGAAUCCUCUGGAAAA